AUGGAAGCUGAAGAGGACACAGAAUUAGAGGUGUUUGCCAUUUUAACUGUUACAAGUGAGGAUGAGGAUCUGUAUAAAGAAACAUUCUCUGUAGCUGAUGUUAAUUUGGAAAUGGAAAUUGAUACUGGGGCGGCAAGAAGUGUCAUAUCAGAGGCAACAUACAAAAGGAAAUUCUCGCACCUGCCACUGGGAAGAGCUAAGGUUAAGCUUAAAGCUUAUAAUGGAGGCCGCAUCCCUGUGUGGGGACAGAUCACAGUCAACGUGGUCUAUGAGGGGCAAACUGCAUACUUGCCACUUUUAGUCGUAAAGGGACAUGGAUCAUCACUGUGUGGCAGAAAUUGGCUUAAAGUGCUCCAUCUUAACUGGCAGCAGAUCAAGUAUCUAAAUGAGACAAAAUGCUGUUCACUUAAGGAAGUGUUAGAGAAGUAUGCUGAAGUGUUCAGUGAAGAACUGGGGACUCUUAAAGACAUUAAAGCCUCUAUCAUUGUCAAGCCUGAGGUGCUCCCCAAGUUUUGCAAACACAGACCCCUCCCAUUUGCUAUGAAGGACAGAGUGGAAAAAGAGCUCAAGAGGCUAGAAGAAGCAAACAUAAUAUCACCUGUUAAGCACAGUGAAUGGGCAGCACCGAUAGUGCCAGUAGAGAAAAGAGACAAGUCACUUCGCCUAUGUGGUGAUUAUAAGGUAUCAGUGAAUCAGGCACUGGAAACAGACACCUACCCCUUGCCACGGUUAGAGGAGCUGUUAGCUACCCUCAGCGGAGGAAAAAUCUUCUCAAAGAUAGAUCUGGCAGCAGCUUACCAGCAAGUGUUACUGGAUGAUGACUCUAAAAAAUACACUACCAUCAACACCCAUAGGGGGCUGUUUGUGUAUAAUAGACUUCCUUUUGGGGUUAGCUCUGCACCCUCUAUCUUUCAGCGUAUCAUGGAAAACCUCAUGAAGGACCUACCAGUGGUGGUUUUCCUGGAUGACCUGCUCAUCAUGGGGCGCUCAGAGAAGGAGCACCUUUACAACCUGCAGAAGGUCCUGCAACGCCUUCAGGAAAACGGCCUAAGAGUGAAGCGCUCAAAGUGUGAGUUUAACAAAACUCAAGUAGAGUACCUAGGCCACAUUUUGGAUGCAGGUAUUCACCCUUCAAAAGAUAAGGUGAGAGCAAUACAGGAAGCUCCUGCUCCUACUAAUGUGAAAGAGCUCCAGGCUUUUUUGGGACUUGUUAAUUAUUAUGGAAGAUUUGUGCCACAGCAAAGCACGGUCUUAGCCCCACUGUAUAAACUGCUCAGGGAACAUGCAACUUGGAAAUGGACAGAGGUUGAGCAGGCUGCUUUUGCUAAGUGUAAAGAGUUGCUGACAAGUGACCAAGUCUUGGCGCACUAUGACCCCAGCCUGCCACUCACCUUAGCAUGUGAUGCCUCAGCUUAUGGCAUCGGGGCUGUUAUUCAACAUACAAUGCCUAAUGGGGAGGAACGACCAAUCGCUUAUGCUUCCCGGACACUAUCCCCGGCGGAAAAGAAAUAUUCUCAGAUAGAGAAGGAAGCUCUGGGACUGAUUUAUGGAGUAAAGAAAUUCCACCAGUACUUGUGGGGUAGACAUUUUAAUUUGGUUACUGACCAUCGCCCCCUCCUAACACUGUUUGGUGAACACAAGAGUCUGCCUACACUGGCAGCGGCACGCAUUCAGCGCUGGGCAAUAAUAUUGUCUGCAUAUGACUAUCACAUUGUUUACCAUAAAUCUGAGGAGCACAGCAAUGCAGAUGGGCUUUCCCGUUGUCCUUUACCUGAGACCAGUGACUCAGGAACUGCUGUGAGUUCAGCUGUAGUCCACUCACUGCUUACUGAGCAUCUUCAGGGUGCCCCACUUAAUGCCACACAAAUUGCAAGGGCAACACGCAUGGACAGUGAGCUGUCCAGGGUCUACAAGUAUGUUAUGGAAGGCUGGCCUACACAGAUGGAGGAAAACCUUAAAGUGUUUUUCACAAAGAGAAAUGAGCUGUCCACAGAGCAAGGUUGUGUCUUAUGGGGGACCAGAGUCGUUGUACCCUCAAAAAUGAGAAAAGCUGUGUUACAGGAAAUCCACUCAGGGCACCAAGGCAUGGUAAAAUCAAAAGCUCUAGCCCGCAAAUAUGUGUGGUGGCCCAACAUUGAUUGUGACGUGGAACAAAUCUGCAAAGAAUGUGAGACAUGCCAGCUGGAACAAAAAAUGCCUCGGCAGGUUCCACUCCAUCCUUGGGAGUUUCCAGGUGAGUCCUGGAAGAGACUGCACAUAGACUUUGCGGGACCUUUCCUGAACAGUAUGUUUAUGAUAGUUGUGGAUUCAUAUACCAAGUGGUUGGAGGUGUUUCACAUGUCACAAAUCACUUCUCAUGCUACCAUUACAAGGCUGAAGAGACUCUUUUCAUCCUAUGGUCUUCCUGAGCAAAUUGUGACAGACAACGCGACCACUUUCACUUCAGAGGAGUUCCAGACCUUUGUCAUGCAGAACGGAAUUCUGCACACCACAAGUGCCCCAGGUCAUCCAGCAACAAAUGGCCUAGCAGAGAGGUAUGUUCAGACAUUUAAAGCAGGUAUGAAAAAGCUUGCUACUACUCCUCUUAACAUCGAGGACAAACUUUCACUGUUCCUGUUGCAAUAUCGCACCACACCCAACUGCACAACUGGUCAGUCUCCAGCAGACCUAUUUCUUCACAGACACAUCAGAACAAGGCUGGAUUUCCUCAAGCCUUGCACGAAAGACACUGUGCGCAUGAAACAGUAUCAACAAAAGCAAAACCAUGACCGCACAGCUGCAGACCGUUCCUUCAGUGUGGAUGAUGCUGUAUACCUGCGUAACACAGGGGGAGGAGCUCACAGGUGGAUUCCUGGACUGGUGGUGAGACAGACGGGCCCUGUGUCCUAUGUAGUCAGAGAGCAGGACACUGACACAGUACACAGACGCCAUGGAGAUCAGCUUCGAGCUCGAGUCAUUACUGGACCUGAGUCAUGCUCUAUGGAAUCACCGGCAGAACGGGCUGAGGGUGAAAAGGGCACAGAGCCUAAAGGAACUGUUGACUUUACCAGGCAGCCCUCAGUGCUUCUAGAACCAGAACCGGUGGCUCUGAGGCGCUCUACUCGAGUGUGUAAACCUCCACAGCGAUACCAGGAAUAA